AGGCCGUCCGGAGGCCUACGUUGGCCCCCUUCCCCCUAACCGCCGGCUACGUCAUCCGGUAGAAGGUAGCCAAUGGACAGAGAGCGGGUAGCGAGGACGUCAGCAAGGGCCCCUCGGCCUCUGGUUGCGGCGGUGCCUUGUGGGAUAUUGGAGGCCUCGCGUCUCGGCAGGAAGGAAAGCGGAGCGCGGGGUGGGGGCGGGUAGGAAAGGGCCCGGUGCGGUAGGGCUGUCAUGGCGACUAAUAUCGAACAAAUCAUUCGGUCCUUUGUGGUUAGCAAAUUCCGGGAGAUCCAGGAAGAGCAGCAACAGCAGCACGGCGGUGGAAAGGUAGAAGGCCAGCCCAAUGGUGACACAAUCCCAGCUGAGCAAGCCAACCCUUCAGAUGACACUGUUGCUGGUGCUGGGAGUCGUCAGAAUGAUCAGAUAGUGCAGAAAAUAGAGGAAGUGCUCUCUGGAGCCCUUGAUACAGAGCUGCAGUGCAAAUCAGACGUAGACAAAAAUACUGUGAAAAAUAGUACUCAGUCUACAAAAAGAAGCUCUACCGGUGAAGAUGAAAUUCCUAGGAAAAAAUCAAAGAAGAACAAGAAACACAAAAGCAAGAAGAAGAAGAAAAAGAAGAAGAAAAGGAAGAAAGAGAAAAAGCAUAAAAAGCAGCCAAAGGAGUCAAAGUUGAGUGCACGUCAUGGAGAACAUGCGGCCUUGCAGCCUGCGUCUCUUUUGAUGCCAGAGAAAUCAAGCACCAAACUGAGUGUAGAACAUGGAGGAUUUGGAGAUCCAAAUCUGGCUGUCCAAAUGCAGCCAGAAGAACUGUGCUUAAAAGCAAGUGAGGAGCUUGAUAGACAAGCUUUAGGACUUGUUUCUCAUUCAGGAACUGAUUAUCAGCAAUCUACAGAAAAUCUUGGAAGUGAGAAAGGGACUUUGUGUGCAACAAAUCCUCCAUUUAACUUAGAAAGCAGUCAACCUGCCAUCCAAGAAACUGCUGGUAUAAGUCAGACUAAAAUUUGCACUAGAGAAGAACAGCUUCAACAGUCACAAGAAAAUAUUUAUCCAAUAGCUAUCAAUGCAAGUGAAAAAGGUGUUCUUGUUGAUACUGGAAAUGAUACUUUACCUAGCAUACCAUCUGGAAUUGCCAGUACAUUUGAAAUUCAGCAAGAUUCAUCAGCAACUCUAGCUUUGGGCACUGAGGGAGUAAAAGCUGCGGAUAUAGCUCUUGAGUCUGAGACCAUGGAAGUGCAAUACUCGGAAGCAUCUCUACAAUCUGUGGCACAGAGUGGAGCAAAAGAGUUAGAAGCAACUUCAGAAUCUCUGUCUUUGGCGAGUGACAUGACAAUAAUUACUACAUCUGCAAGUCAGACAGAUCUGAAUACUGUGGAGGUAGGUCACAUGCCUGUGGCCAUGGAAGAAGUGAAAAUUCCAGAAGCAACUGAAAGAUCUCUCUACAUGGGAAAUUUGAAAAAUGUGGAAAGAUCUUCAGAAUUAGGAGGUAUGAGCAGAACUUCGGAACCAACCCUGAAGCUAUCAGUUAUGUCUGAUAAUUUGGGAGUGACACAGUGCAGUCCCAUUGAGGGUUCAAGUGGCUUGAAGGCAGAUGUAUCUUUGCAACAUCCUUUUAAAAUAUCUACAGAGACUACUGUGACCCAGGUAGAAAUACAAAGUGCCAAAAUACCCCUUGGACCAGGAGCUAUUACAAAAGUGAAGGAUAUUGAACCAGCUAGAAGCUCUGUGCUUAUGGAAACUGUAAUAAAGCCCCAAACCUUGCAAACGAUGGAACCUGCGGGUGUUACAUCAGAGUGUCUACAGGAAGCAAGAAGCACUGAUAGAAGCCGAGAAUCUGCACUUCUGCAAGAAUUGACAGGUACAGAGGCAAAAGAUUUAAGGGCAACUUCAGAACCUGUAGCAGUUGUGCAGACCUUUGUUCCCCAAACAACUCCAGAAAUCCAAGUAGCAGAGGGUUUCAAAGGUCCUCAAGCAAGCAUGGAAGGGUUUACAUUACUGAGACAACCAGAGGAGAGUGAAACAACUAUGAGAGGCAUGGAAGCAACUCCUCUAUCUUUGCAGAAAGAAAGUGUGAGAAGUACAGUAGGAGUCCCAAGACCAAUGACUGCAGUGGAAGCAAAAACUUUAAAAACAACUUCACCGUCUUUGCACAUGGGUAGUGUGAAAGGUUCAGAAGCAGUGCACUGUGGGAGUGUGGCAAGAGGUUUAGCAGCAACACUAGAUUCAACAGCACAGUUUAAAGGUUCAGAAGUCUCUGAAUUAGGUGAUUCAACAUCUGUAGGUAUGCCAAAAAUACAAACUGUGGAAGCAGUCUUGCAGCCUGGAGCGUUUGCAGUGGCAAGAGGCUUAGGAGAAAAUGUAUUUUCUGAAGCCAAAAUGGGUAACAAAGUCUUGGAAGCAAGUGCACAACGUCUUGCCCUAGAGGAGAGGUCAGAAAGGACUCCUGAAUCCAUGAUUGCACGUGCAAGCAUGGAACAAGUUAGAACAUCUGAGAUGUUACCAGAGAUGAUGCAUAUGAAAACUGUAGCAGAGAGAGACUCAAAAUAUGCAGGAACACUUACAGAAGCUUUUAGUGUAAGCAAAACAGAGAGUUCCAUAAUUCCACAGUCACUAGUCAUGACACACACAAGAACCUCACAAACUGAGGUGUCAAGAGAGAUAAAGGAUUCUGAUCUAACUACCAGUUCUGCCGCUGCUGAAGUGAGAGAUUUAGACAACUUGUCAGAAGUUGAGACAGCUGCAGAGGUAAAAGAUGUGGAAGCAAGAUCAAAAACUUCACACUUCACACAGAUGAAAAAUUUAGAAAUGCUCAUGGGAUCUGAAAUGGGGACAAUGCAAGGCUUGGGAAGGACGUUGGCAUCUGAGGUGGCUAGAGAAAUAACACAUUCUGAAAUUGCCCCAGAAGGUCCAAACAAAUCAAAGAGCAAAGAAGGAGUACUAGAACCUGUGCAAACACUGAUGUUGCCAACUUUGGAAACAAGUUCCAAGUCUGUACAGGAACAAGUAGUAGGUCAUUCAGAAGCAGUAUUAGAGUCUUUGCCCAGAGUGGAAGAAAAAACUAUGGCAUCAGAAAUAGUCACAGAAGUUACGAAAGGAUCUUUGGAAUCUAAGAUUUUGACGGAUAUGAGAACUCAGGGACCUACUGUAGAAUAUAUAAUUGCAACAAGGAGGACAAGCCCCCCAAAAAAUGAGCCCUCGCUUACCAGUGCAGAGGGUUUGGAAGAAGCUUCAGAAACUGAGAAAACAAUAGAAGCAAAAUAUUUUGAGCCUGCAUCAGAAGCCAGAGAAGUGAGAUUGUUGGAAAGUAUGAAAGAGUCUGCAACUUUAGAGAUGAAAAGUUCUGAAACAGUUGAAGAGCCUCAGGUACACAUGGGAGAUAUCCAGGAUUUGGAAGCUUCCCCAAAAUCUGGAAAUGUGGAGGCGAUGAAUGUUUUAGAUGUUACUUCAGAAGCCAUUUCAGAAUCUUUGCAUGCUGAAAAGCAAGAACAUUUGGUAGCAGUUUUAGAAGCAAAACCUACCGCAGAAUGGAAGACUACAGAAGAGGCUCCAGAAAGUUUAAGUUCUGGUGAAAUUAAAUCUUCUGAAACAGUUCCAGAACCAGGGGACAUGAAAGAUCUGGACCAUGAAGUGGCAGCAGAAGUACAAUAUGCAGAAGGGGUGCAGGGUCAACAAAUGGACGAGGUGAGAGUUCCAGAUGAGGCUCAGAAAUGCGAGAUACCGGCUGAAAGGAAAGAUGCAGAGCAAACUCAAACAUCGGAGCCUUCAAUAGCAGAAACAAUUUUUAGUUCUUCCUGUGCAGCAGAUGAAGAAGUUUCAGCAGAGGCUUCUGAAUCUCAAAUAAUAACAGACACAAAACAGUUGGAAGCAGCUCCAGCUUAUAUGGCAGAAACAAAAGAUUUGGAAACAGCUUUUCUUUCUGAGACUGUUGUAGAGAUGAAAGAUGCAGAAACAGCUAUGGGAGUAGAGGCGGAGACAAAAGAUUUGGAAGCAGCUCCACCACCUGAGACUGUUACAGAAGCAGUUCCAGUACUUGUCGAAGAGGCAAGUCAGUCAGAAGUCAUUCCGGAGGCUGAGUCUGUCAAAGAAGCAACUCCAGAGGCUGAGUCAGAGAAGAGAGAUUCAGAAACAUCUGAUGUCCAACCUGAUGUGGCAGCACGGAUGAAGGAGACUCUGAUGAGACUUGAGAAAGUUGUUGAAAAAAGUAGCCAUAGAAGCAGUGAUAAAAAACAUGAUGCAAAGAAACAAAAAAGAAGUCGGUCCAAGUCUCACUCCAGGUCUAGGAAGAGGAAGAAAAAAUCGAGGUCACGUUCUACUUCCAGGCGUUUGACCUCUAAAAGAGGACGUUCUAGGAGCAGAAACUAUUCCGUUUCCAGAAAAAAGCAUUCCAAAUCUAGAUCCCGAUCUGUGGAGAAGAGAGAGAGAAGAGUGUCUUCCCGGCGGUCGAGGCGCAGACGUUCCAGGUCGUCUGACCACUACAGAUCUAAGUCCAGAUCAGCAGAAAAGAGAGGGAGCAGGUUGUCCUCUGGGAGGUCCAGACGUAGACGUUCCAGGUCAUCUGACCACUACAGGUCUAAAUCAAGAUCAUUGGAAAAGCGAUUGUCCUCCCGAAGGUCCAGACGCAGGCGAUCCAGGUCUUCUGAUCGUUACCGGUCUAAAUCCAGGUCCGUGGAAAAGCGACUGUCCUCCCGAAGGUCUGGCCGCAGACGUUCCAGAUCUUCUGAUCGUUACCGGUCUAAAUCUAGGUCAGUGGAAAAGCGACUGUCCUCUAGAAGGUCUGGGCGCAGACGUUCCAGGUCUUCUGACCGCUACCAUUCGAAGUCCAGGUCAGUGGAAAAGCGGCUGUCCUCUCGGAGAUCUGGACGCAGACAUUCCAGGUCUUCUGACCGCUACAGGUCUAAGUCACGGUCAGUGGAGAAGCGCCUGUCCUCUCGAAGAUCUGGGCGCAGACGUUCGAGGUCAUCUGACCGCUACAGGUCUAAAUCACGGUCAGUGGAAAAGAGGGGGAGCAGAUUGUCUUCCUGGAGAUCCCGCCGCAGACGUUCCAGGUCCUCUGACCGUUCUAAAUCUAGAUCCAGGUCCUCAGAAAAGAGAGGGGGCAAAGAAUACUCAUGGAGAUUCAGACAUAGAGGGUCGGGAUCCUCUGAUCGAUCAAAAUCUCGAUCAAGAUCUGUUGAGAAGAGAGGUCGGAAGACAUCUCUGCGGAGGUCUAAACGUCAGCGCUCAAAGUCCUCUGACCGUUACAAGUCUAGAUCCAGAUCAGUAGAAAAAAGGGAUCGGAAACAAUCAUCACGGAAAUCUAAACGUCAGCGCUCAAAGUCUUCUGACCGUUACAAGUCUAGAUCCAAAUCGGUGGAAAAAAAGAAGGAGUCCUCACGAAAAUCAAAGCGUCGCCGCUCAAAGUCUUCUGACCGUUACAAAUCUAGGUCUAGGUCUGUUGAAAAAAAGCGUAAGGAAUCUUCAAAAAAGUCCAAACGGAAGCGUUCCAAGUCAUCCGAUAGUGUUAAGUCAAGGUCCAAAUCUAUAGAAAAAAGAGACAGUAAAUUAUCCUCAGUAAAGUGCAGUAGCAAGUGUAUAGAGUCUUCUGAACUUCGGGAGUCAACCAGAUGUCUUGAAGAAGGAGAAGUUUCUGAACAUUCUUUUACUAGUGAAGGCAGCCCUUGCAAAUCAUCUAAUGGUCCCACUUCAAUGGCUUUGUCUGUUGAAGGAGUAAAUGGCCCAGAGCUGCCGCCAGCAUCUGAAAGUGGAAUUUCCAAAACUUUUGAUAGUCUUGAGAACAGCUCCUCAUCUGUUGAUAAAACAGCAAGUCAGCAGCCUUCUGUGAUGUCUGAGUUUGAUAGCUCCAAAACCACAGAUGACCGAGAAUUGAGAUCUAUGCCUGUGGAAAAAACACAGAUGUCUAUGACAUCUGAAAAUGGAUUGUCUGAAAAAGCAGUAGCCCUAGAGUCAUCUUCACUAUCUGAGUUUACCUACUCCACAUCUGAGUCCUCAUCUGCUGAAAAAAGAGGAGAUUUAGGAACUUCUUUGGUUACAGAGACUCAGCUCUCUGCAUCCCAUGAAGAUGAGUCAAGGUCUACCUCCCUCAAAGAAGUGGAGGGUCCAGAGCCUCUUCUGGCGCUUGAAAGUGGUUGCUCUGUGUCUUCUGAUGAUUACAAGACAAUUUCCUCGUCCUCUGGAAAUACAGAGAUUCAGGGGUCUUCUCUGGUGUCUGAAAAUGUACUUUCUGAUGGUCAUGAAUUGAGACAUAUCCUCACUGAAAAAACAGAGCUUCAAAAGUUUUCAGAAGUACCUGAAAGUCAAUCUUCCAAGUUGCCUGAUGGCUCUGAGUCAAGGUCACUAUCUUUUGAAACAGGAACGGUUCAAAAACCUUUUUUAGCACCUGAAGUUACAGGCUCUGCAUUCCCUGGUGUCUGUGAGUCAACCUCCUUGCCUAUUGAAAAGGGACAGAUGCAAGAGCUUUCUCAUGUUUCUGACAGUGUACGCUUUGAGUCUCCCAAUGGACAUGAGUCAGGGUCCAGUUUUGCCACACAGGUAGAAGAGCAGCCAUUGAUGUCUGAAGUUAGAUCCUUCAAGUCACCUGAUGGAAAUGAACAAAGAUCUUUAUCUGUUGAAAAAGUCAAGGUUCCCAGUGUUUCCCUGACACCUGAUUGUGGUCCUGUUGAGAUCUUGGAUAACCUCAUUUCAGUGUCGUCUUUUGAAAAAAUGCAGAAAGUUGUGCUGACAACUGUAGGACAAAGCUGCCAGUCUGCUGAAAUUCAUGAGUCCAGAUCAUCUGUUGACAGAGAUUUAGAUGGUCCAGUACUUUCACAAAUACUUGAAAUUGAUUGCUCUGAACCUUCUGUGAUGCGUGAGUCGAGAUACUUGCCUGCUGGAAAAUUAGAGGGUACAGGAUCGGUCUUGAUAUCUAAAAGUGGAAUUCCUGUGUGCCAUGAUGGCCAUAAAUUAAAACACAAUUACUUUGAGAAAACAGAAGUCUCAGAACUGUCAUUGGCACCUGAGCUUAGGUGUUCUGCCUUCCCUGAAAGUUAUGAAUUGACAUCUACUGCAGCUGAAAAAAUGGAGAUACAGAAACCUCUCCAAGUGGAAAGUGGGCUUUCCAAGUCUGCCGAUGUUUGUGAAUCAGUAAGCACGCCCACUGAAAAACCUCAGGCCCUAGUGACUCAUGUGGCAUCUGAAGACGGGCUUUUCCUGUUGCCCGAUAGUCACGAAUUGAGACCUAUUGCUGCUGAAAAAGUAGAGUUGCAAAACUCAUCUGAAGUGAAAUGCAUUGAAUCCUCUGAUGGUCAUGAGUUGAGAUCUGCCUGUGAUGAAGAAAUACAAGUGCAGGAGUCACCUCUGAUGCUGGAAAGCAGAUGUUCUGUUUCCUCUGAUGAUCACGAGGUGACAUCCAUGCCUUUUGCAAAAGCUGAGGUAGACGAGCCUUCUCAAGUGUCUGAAAAUGAAUACACAGUACGGAUUGAUGGCCUGGAGUUGACAUCAACCCCUGUUGAAAAAUCAGAGAGACAAGGACUUUAUCAGAUGUCUGAAGAAAGAUGUUCUGUGGCCAUUGAGAGUGAGGAGUUGCAGUCACCCCCUGUUGAAAACACGGAAUUACAGAAGCCUGUUCUGAUGUAUGAAAAUGAAUAUGCUGUAUCUUGGAAAGGCCAGGAGUUGAGAUGUAGCUCUCCUGAAAAGGUAGAGAUACAGGCUUCUGUAGUACCUGAUGAUGAAUAUGCUGUGUCUUCUGAAGAUCAUGAAUUGCCAUCUUCCCUUGCUGAAAAAACAGAGGUACAGGAGGGUUCACUGCUGUCUGAAAAUGAGUAUGCUAUAUCUCCUGAGGGCCGGGAGAUGACAGUCAGCUCUGCUGAAAAAGAAGUGCAGGAGCCUUCCUUGACUUCUGACUGUGAGUAUGCCAUCUUCCCUGAAGGCCAAAGAUUACAGUCAAACUUUGCUGAAAAAGCAGUGGUGCCGGAACCUUCACUGAUACCAGCCAGUGAAUAUGCUGUAUCCCCUGAAGGGCAGGAAUUGGUGUCUGCUCUUAAUGAAAAAACUGAGGUGCAGGUGUCUGAAAAUGAGUACAAGGUAUCCCCUGAAGACCAUGGUUUGAGAUCCAGUCCUGUUGAAAAAGAAGAAACAGAGGAACCUUCUGAAACAUCUGAAAGUGAAAGUUCAAUGUCCACUGAUAGUCAGGAGUUGCAAUCUACUGUUGUUGAAAAAACAGAGGUGCAGGAGUUGUCUUUGUCUGAAGGUGAAUGUACCAUGUCCCCUGAAGGUCAGGAGCUGCAGUCUAGUCCUGCUGAAAAAGUAGAGGCUACAGAACCUACUCUAACAUAUGAAAAUGAACAUGCUGUAUCACUGGGAGAGUAUGAGUCAAGAUUAGCUCAUACUGAGAAAACAGGGGAUAUGGAUUCUUCUUUGACAUCUGAAAAUGACCAUGUUUCGUCUUUUGAGAGCCAGGAGGUAAGAUUCACCCAUAUUCCAAAAGCGGAUGCGCAGGAGCAUUCUCCAACACCUGAAAAUGAAUGUGGAGUGUCCCUUGAUGGGCAGGAGUUGAGAUUCCCCAGUGAUGAAAAAGUAGAUGGUAUUGAACCUUUGGCAUUAAACGAUAGAGUCUCCAUCUCCCCUGAUGACUCUGACUUGAAUUCUGUCCCUGUUGAAAAAAUGGAUGACACAAUGCCUUCUUUAGUGGCUGAAGGUGGAUGUUGCAUGUCCCCUGAUGGCUACAGUGUGAAAUCUGGCCCUGGUGAAGAGACAGGGGAUCUAGAGCCAUCUUUGACAUCUGAAUGUAGGCGUUCCACAUCCCCAUAUCAGGAAGGUCACGAGCUGAAGUCUCCUGUGGAGGAAGAGGGUCUAGAGUCCUCUUUGACUUCUGAACAUAGACGGUCUGUGUCACCUGAAGGCCAUGACCAGAAGUCUAUCAUAGAUGAAGAAAUGGAUGAUUUGGAACCCUCUUUGAUAUCUGAACACAGGCGAUCCCCGUCCCCUGAUGAACAUGAGUCGAGGUCUAGCAUUGGUGAAGAAGCAGAGUACUUAGAGCAGCCUUUGGCAACGGAACGAAGAUCCUCUGUGUCUUCUGAUGAGCAUGAGUCAAGGUCCACUGCUGGGGAAGAGGUGGAAGAUGCAGAAACCUCUUUCACAGCUGAUCGAAGAGACUCCACAUCAUCUGAUGAGCAUGAGUCUACUGCCGGUGAAGAAGUAGAAGAUGGGGAGCCCUCUUUGACAGCUGAACGUAGACACUCCACAUCCUCUGAUGACCGUGAGUCAAGGUCUACAACAGGUGAAGAAAUGGAGGAUUUGGAACCUUCAACAGCUGAACAUAGACGUUCCAUGUCACCUGAUGGACGUGAGUCAAGGUCGACCACUGGUGAAGAAGCAGAGGACCAGGAGCUGUCUUUGACAACUGAACGUAGAGACUCCACGUCCUCAGAUGAACAAGAGUCAAGGUCUACUGCUGGUGAAGAUGCAGAGGAUGUCGAGCCCUCUUUGACAGCUGAACGAAGAGAUUCCACAUCAUCGGAUGAACAAGAGUCAAGGUCCACCGCUGGUGAAGAAGCAGAGGAUAUGGAACCCUCUUUGGCAACUGAAGACAGACGUUCACCAUCCCCUGAUGGACGUGAAUCAAGGUCUAGCUCUGGUGAAGAAGCAGAUGAUGGGGAGCCUUCCUUGACAGCAGAGCGAAGAGACUCCACAUCGUCAGAUGAGCGUGAGUCAAGGUCUAGCAGUGGUGAAGAGGGUGAGGAUGCAGAGGCAGAUGAAGAUAAACAGGAUUCCAUGCCUCUUGAAAGGUCAGAAGAACAGGACUCUUCCUUUAUAGCUGAAAGCAGGCGUUCUGAGUCUUCUGAACGUGAAAAAUCUAGAUCCAAAUCUGUUGAUAAAGUAUCUGACAAAGAGUCCUCACGAAGGUCUCUAAGCAGACUCUCUAAAUCUCCUGCUCGCGAAAAGAGUCGGUCCACAUCAGUUGAAAAAGCGGCAGAUGAGUCUUCACGGAGAUCUAGACAUAGGCGUUCCAGGUCUGCUGCUUACCAGAAGAGUAGAUCCACAUCUGUUGAAAAAACAGCAGACAAAGAAUCUUCACGGAGGUCUAGACGUAGACGCUCCAGGUCCAUCGUUCACCAAAGGAGUCGAUCAACAUCAGUUGAAAAAGCAGCAGACAAAGAUUCUUCACGGAGGUCUAGACGUAGACGCUCCAGGUCCACCGCUCGCCAAAGGAGUCGAUCCAAAUCUGUUGAAAAAACAGCAGACAAAGAAUCUUCACGGAGGUCCAGAAGCAGACGCUCCAGGUCUUCUCAGCGCAGAUCCCAGAGAUACGACACAGAAUCUCGCUCUAGACGGAAUCGCUCCAGGUCAGUAACACGGAGACGAGCAUCAAGAUCAAAAUCUAAUCGUCGCUCUCGAUCUAGCUCAUUGUCACGUUCAAGGCACAGAAGGAGGAGCAGGUCAAGGUCAGCAUCAAGAAGGCGACGUUCUUUAUCAAGAGACAGGCGUAAGAGAUCUCAGAGAAAUAGAUCAAGAUCUACUGACAGAAGAAGAAGAAGAUCAGAUUCAAGAGAUCGUAGAAUAUCACUCAGAUUACGGAGCAGGAGUCGAACACCUAUUCGUCAAAGGCGGUCAAGGUCAAGAGGAAGAAGACGGAGCUCUAGUAGGUCACCAAUUCGACUGCGGCGCUCGAGAUCUUCAGGGAGAAGAAGAUACAGCAGAUCACCUGAUCGUCGUAGGUCGAGGUCGUCAGAACGAUUUUCAAGCAGGUCACCUAAACGUCUUACAGACUUGGACAAGGCCCAGCUACUUGAAAUAGCGAAAGCUAAUGCAGCUGCCAUGUGUGCCAAGUCUGGUGUUCCCUUACCACCAAGCCUGAUGCCUUUGUUAUCGCAAAAGAAAGAUGACAAAGCCAAUCAGAAGUCAUCAAGAGAUACACUCAAGGAGCUCACUGAGAAAUGCAAGAAGAUUGCCCAAAGCACAGAUGAUGUGAUAGUGAACAAACCUCACGUUUCUGAUGAAGAAGAGGAAGAGCGUCCUUUCUAUAAUCAUCCUUUUAAGCUCAGUGAACCUAAACCUAUUUUUUUCAAUUUAAGUACUCCCAGCAUAAAACCAGCACCACCACCACAACCAAAAAAUCAGGUCAGCCUAUCAAAGGAAUUCCCUGUUUCAUCUGGAUCUCAACAUAGGAAAAAGGAAGCAGAUAGUGUGUAUGGAGAGUGGGUUCCAGUUGAAAAAGGCAAAGAAGAUAGCAAGGAUGAUGUUUUCCCCAAACCGUCCAUUGAGGGUGUCGACAUAACUACAGCUAUGAAUGAUCGAGCACUGGCUCAGAAAAGGCUUAAUGAAAACACAUUUGAUUUAGAGGCCAUGUGCAUGUUAAAUCGUGCACAGGAACAGAUUGAUGCCUGGGCUCAGUCAAACUCCAUACCUGGCCAGUUCACAGGAAGUACCGGAGCACAGAUACUGUCCUCGGAUGAGCUAACCAACAGUGGUCCCCAAGCAUGGAUUAGAAAGGAUCAGUUCUUAAGAGCAGCACCCGUAACUGGAGGAAUGGGAGCUCAGCUGAUGAGAAAAAUGGGCUGGAGAGAAGGAGAAGGGCUUGGAAAAAACAAAGAAGGCAGCGUUGAGCCUAUUAUGGUCGAUUUUAAGACGGAUCGGAAAGGGCUUGUUGCUGUGGGAGAGAAGGCACAAAAGAGAUCUGGACAUUAUGUUGUGAUGAAGGAUCUUUCAGGUAAACAUCCAGUGUCCGCGUUGAUGGAGAUCUGCAACAAAAGAAGAUGGACACCACCUGAGUUUGUGUUGGUGGAUGAUAGUGGGCCUGAUCAUCGCAAACAUUUUAUCUUUAAGGUGAGAGUCAAUGGAAAUGAAUACAGGCCUACUUUCGCCAGCCUUAAUAAGAAGCACGCUAAAGCCACAGCAGCAACCGCAGCUCUCCAAGCGAUGGGACUUGUACCAAAGGAAAGCAUGGUCAAUACCACCAUGUUUAGGAGUGCCUCACACCGCUAGAUAUUGGUUUUAUAUUGACAUUAUUUCAGAUAAUUUUACUCUGCACAAAAAAAAAAUGGUAUUUGCCCUUUCAUGUUGUAAAUACAUUGGCAAUUCCCACGUUGUAAAAACUGUACAGACACCUUCAGGUUUUUCUUUUGUACCAUCAAAAUGUAUUUAAAUCAUA